AUGACCACGUCACUCAAAACGAUACGUUCAUUCCACUUUGCUUUUCAAACAUGGCAUGCAAGCCAUUUACUGGAAAACCAAAGGUGGAGUGGAUGGAAGUGCACAAGCUUGGGCCAUUCUACGGAGUCCUACGUCCACUAUGAAAUGAGAGCAAAAGGUCGUUAG